AACAUGCUAAUUAUUAUCAAAGCAGAAUAUGAUUUAAUGAAAAUUGUUUUGUUUUAGUUCUGGAAAUGAGUAAUAGGGGAUGGAUCACCGUCAAGAGGUGAGAGAGAAAUGGAGAAGUAGAUCCAUAAUCAGACUGGAUAUGCUCAUAGGUUGGUUAUGGAUCCACUGCUACAAAGAUAUCUUCCUGUCCCCGGUGCCACAUGGAAACUGCUCAAGCUUAGGAGACAUACAACAAUACAACAUCAUUGAUAUCAAACAGCUACAAGAAAAUGCCCUUUCUAUCUGGCCCCUUCUAUCUGGCUGAACAGCAGGAGUUGCAGAGUUGGCUUUUGAACAAAGAAUUUGGUUUGUAGAUUUCCUGGUUUAUUUGGAGUUUGACUCGAGACAUUCCAUCAUUAUCAUCAAAGGAGGCUUUUAAGGAGGGAGGUUUUCAUUUUCUCUUCUUAUUCCUGUUUGCAGUUAAAUUUUUCCAGUUUUAAAUUUGUUUUCUCAACCGUUUAUUGGCCUUUUAGGAAGCAAUUAACCUUGCAGUGUUACCUCGUCAGGGAAUAUUGUUUGAUUUGGACUGUUUUUUUGGUUUGGUUUCAACAAUUUGGUAUGAUUUUUUUGUUAAAAUAUUGUUGAUUGAAUCAUGAGUAGUGCAAUCUUUAAAUGUUUGGUUUGAUUGUCAUUUUCUUACGCAUGACAGUCGACAUUUUUCAAAAAUAAAUGACUUUGGUGCAGAAUUGUAUGCUAUUAGAGAUGGUCUUAAUAUUGCUGUGAACCACCACUUUCAUAACGUUAUUGUGGAAACUGAUUGUCAGGUUGCAUAUUUGCUUUUGUCUGGUGCACCUAACAUCUCCCACCCUUAUAGCACUCUUAUUAUGACUUGCAUGAUUUCUCAAGUCUGAGUGAACAAUGUGUUGGGGAAAGCCAAUAUUGCUGCUGAUGCUCUUUCCAAAAAAGGGGUCCUUAUUUC